GACCAUAUUUGUCUAUUUAACCAACUGCUUUAACCUUAAGCCAAUCUUUUGUAAGAAAGCACUGCUUUAAUUUUUCAUGCAAUAAAUGGAAUCAAUAUUCAGCUGUAUAGACCAAGUGGAUAGUUUCUUGAAUGAACAGUGGUUCAAGAUUUUGUGGCUAUUUAAUCAUGAUGACAGAUUGAUAUUCACUUUCGGAACUUCUUUGGUUCAUUUCAUUUCAUUCUUGGUUUUAAAUGCAUUCUUUAUGUAUGUUGAUUUUACCGGAAAGCCAAAAUGGAUGCUCAAAUACAAAAUACAGAAAGAUAAGAAUUUUCCGGUGGAAUCACGUCGAUUCUUCUGGGCGUGCUGUGCUGUAGUUUUAUUCAAUGAAAUUCUCUCCUGUGUUCUCAUCUAUCUCUCGUAUCCAAUCAUGAAACUUACUGGCAUGUCAUGUGAUCAACCUGUACCACAACUCUGGAAGAUGUAUCUUCUUUAUGUUGGUUUUGGAUACUUAAACAUCAUUGCAUUUUUCUAUUUACACAAAUUGAUGCAUCAUCCUUCGAUAUACAAAUACUUUCACAAAAUGCACCAUGAAUGGGUAGCACCCAUUAGCAUUGCUUCUGUUUAUUCUCAUCCAAUUGACCACAUCUUUUCCAACUUUGUUCCUUACUUCAUUGGACCUGUUUUGCUUGGAUCUCAUCUCUCUCUUACAUGGUGGUGGAUUAUUUAUGCUCAAAUGGAAAGUUCUUACCAUCACAGCAACUACCAUCUUCCAUUUUUAUCUUCUCCUCAAUAUCACAACUACCAUCACGUUAAGUAA